AUGGACAAAUCACAUCAAACCUCAUCCAAGAGAUUGAGAGGGUUUCCUACUCGAUCAAACGCGUCAGUAGGAUUCUCGAGCAAUAGCAAGAAUAAGCAGUACGCGAUGACAAAAGCCCAAACCACUUCUAUCACAAGUGUUGGUAAUACUUGUCCAAAUAGACCAGAAUGUUCACAGUGCAGCAGACGUCAUUUUGGUGCGUGCCGAGGUAAUGUAAGAGGCUGCUUUAAAUGUGGGUCAUUGGACUAUUUUAUUCGUAGCUGUCUCGAGAUGGUCAAGAAACAUAAGGAUCAAAGUGUGAGAUCGGGUAACGCUCUUUCAAGGAGUAGACCAUAUAAGAACCCGGGAAAUGGGGCUAGCAGUAGAGGUGCGCCUAGAGAUGCUAUUGUGAGGUCUAAGGGUAGAGCGCCUGCAAGGACUUAUGCUAUUCAUGCCCGUGAAGAGCCAGAGUCUCCCGAUGUGUUUACAGUGGAUUGUAGACAAAAAAUUAUCGAGUUGAAAUGUAAGCGCAGGUAUGUUCUUCGGGUUGAAACGGAUGAAUUAGACAAUUCGCCUGAAGUAAUAUCGUCUAUGACUACAGAGAGAUAUUUGAGAAAAGGGUAUAAAGCUUACCUCACUUUUGUAUUGAAUACUCAAACAUCUGAAUUGAAGAUCGAGUCAGUACCAGUGACACUUAAAUUUUUAACGAGACAGGGGUGCCGCACUGUCGAAUUCGCCAACGUGCAAAUUCAACGGACAAGAUCGGUCCAUCCAAAUUCCGCCUCAUCUUCAUUUCCCGCAUAUCGUAACUUCCUAAAAACCAAAAAGAAGAGAAAGAAGUGGAGAAACAGCAAACGCAAGGCAAAGAGAAACGGUCGUAAAUUUUCCGAGGUAGAAGGGAAGCAAAAUAAUACGAUGUCGUUAUGUUGCUCCUUGCCAACUGCAAAAUCGAUGUCUCUUUUAUCCAAAAAACCCCAUGGACUCAUCAAAGCUUCUUCUUCUUCCUCCUCCUCUUCUGCUGACAUCCCCGAUUUCCUCUCUGCUCAUUGGCUUGAAUCUAGAAGGAAAAGACCUUUUGGCCCAAGGCUAACUUUUAGUGCGGAAGAAGCUGUUCAGCACCAACUUGAUGCAUUAAAGUACAAUGACCAACCUCGACAGGAUUACGGGAUUGAAGUUAUGUACAGAUUUGCAGGAUUUGAUCCUUUUGAAAGGUCUACAUAUUUUGGACCCUUCUUUGACCUAGGACAGUUCGAGCGGUUUAGGAGAAUUUUUCACCAUUCAAGUUAUCGCGUAUUGCUUGGCCACAACGAGAGGAAGAUCUUGAGCAGUUUGUUUGUCAAGGAGAACCAAUUCAAACAACGGGUUUGGAUACUUGGAAGUCGUUCAAAUGAGGACGAAAUAUUCGAGUUUACAAUGGUGCAGAGGAUUGGUGGUUCAUGGGAUGGGUAUUGGUUGACAGAGAGUUUACAUCAUGACGGAGAUGCAUUUGCCGGUGAUUUGGCUUACUGACAACAGUCGACGCGGGUUGUCUCUGAAUUACGUGUGUAUCUCACACAUUCAUGUAGAUUACUUAAUGCCACUUCCUGUCAUGACCAAGCCUCAUCAAAACUUUGUAAAUUUGAACCUGUAAAGUAAAUAUAUUUUAUAUAUUUGUCAACAUUUUUUUUUCAGUCGUUAGAUAACACCAUUACAAAUCAAAUUUUAAAA